AUGCCGGUGACGGCGCAAGCUGGGAAGAUGAGCUGGGCUUUGAUGCGACAUCCGAAAGGUCUGGACUGCGACUUAUUCAUCAGCCACGCCUGGCAGGAGGGCGUUUUUGAGUUUCUGUCCAAGGUCUUGCACUCCUGGCCAGCGGGUGCACGGCACGUCUGGUGCUGCAUGCUGGCCAACCCACAGCACUUGGAUAUUAGCAGCUUGCUGCAAUCUCCCAGCAGCUCGCCGUUUGCGCUGGCACUUCAGGCUUCGACGUGCGUCCUUGUGGUGCCCAACCGCCACUGUAGUAUCUACACCAGGCUGUGGUGCGGUUACGAGGCUUACCGCGCACAUGAGGAGGGCAAGACUAUCUUGAUCGCCCGGGCUUCCAACAGCCAGCAGAUUGGCCAGGCGUUGGUGGAGACGGGCUUAGCAGGACUCGUUGGCACGGUUGCUGGCACGUUAUUUCAGAGUGCAAUGUUCCAUCCCGUUCCGGUUUGCGUGACCGCAGUCGCUGGAGCUCUUAGUGCCAACAUGAAACAUAACGGCUGGCGCAUGGUCCUGAAUUGGGUGGGGGCCUUUACAUGCGGAGUUAUUUUCGUGCAUUGGCGAACGCUUCACUUUCAGCAAGGGGAGGAUACUGCAGAUACAGUCCCAGCCAUCUUUUCCUUCGUGGAGCAGCACUUGCUGGUGCUUGCUGGCAUGACCUUCUUCUUGCUGCUGGAGGUCGAUCGGGUGAAUGGAAAGGCAAGGCUUGAGGAAGCCGAACAACUUCGGCACGGCUUUCAGGGCAGCAUUGCCCACGCCACGUGUUCAGAAGAAGCGGAUGCCAUACGGAUUUUUGGUGAGAUUGGCGAGAAGACGGGCGCUGUAGACUACGCCAUCGACGUGCUGCUCGCCGCAGGCAUGUCCUCGCCGACGCUCAGGGAGACCGCGCGCAAAGGGAUCGACGUGGGAGGGGCCGGGAGCGCCGAGAUUGCGUUUCCUUUCGUGGCGCUGGUGCCGCUGAGCAUCGAGACGAUCUGGUCGAUCUACGUGGACUUCAUCUACCUGCACGAUCAUGUUCACCUCUGGUCGAUUCCGCUCUGGCUUUUCCAGACCAUGACGGUCGUGACUCGCGUCGGCGUGCUCCUGAGACUCUGGCGAAGCCCCGAGGAUGAGAGGUGCUUCAUCCUUAAGAUGAUGGCGAAGAUUGUGGCGCUGUACAUGCUGAUCAUCUGUCCGCUUCUAGCAAUGUGGGAACUGCGAGCCGGAGGCACAUUCGCACCGGACAGCGGGUGGUUUGCUCUACCCUUUGUUGUCUACACCAGCAUCCUCGCUUUUGCCUGCCUUGGGAUGCAACGCCUUGGGACGAUUCCCGUGCUGGGGCCCUGCUUGCUGCAGCUCUUCCUGGCCAGGGGCCACACUGCCUUUGCAAGUGCCCUGCCUUCUCGACCUCGGUCCUGGUCCAUGGAAUGGAUGGAAGCGGAGACAGCCAGCGACACUGACUCACCCCGCUCCAGUGCAUCGAGCUCGCUAUGA